CCAGCAAAACAAAACAUGGAAACAUUCAACUCUCAACCUGGGUGUGGAUCAAUCUUACCACCUUUAAAUACAGAUGGGAAUGUCGCUUGUUAUAACUGCAGACAAGAAUUCCCACCAAAAGUUUUCGAAGCACAGGAGGUUGAAUAUACAAUACAUUUCAAUAAUUAUGAUCCGGAAAAGGUUUUUGGGAAAAAUAAACAUAAUUCAGAUGAUGAGGCAGAUGGUCCAGUCGUUGAACGUAAAUGUUCGAAGUGUGGACACAUGCAAAUGUCUUACGCGACGUUGCAACUGCGAUCUGCUGAUGAAGGACAAACAGUGUUCUUUACAUGUCUAAAAUGCAAGUACAAGGAAUCUGAAAACUCCUAAGCAGAAAGAAGAUUUAUGGGUCGAUUAUGGACGCAAGCUUGAGUGUAAAUAAGUCGUGGAAAUAGUUGGUUGUCUCAGGAGAAAGAACGUGCUGCAGCCAACUGUUGCAUUAAUAUACAAAGGAGAUUGCUACGAGACAGUUCUGAUCCAUUUAGCUUAAAUGAUAAAUGUAUGCUCCCUCUUUUUAAGGGCGUCCAUUCAACUAAAUAUUGUGCUGCUUUACUUCUUGCAACGCUUUCCCAAAAUUCCA